CAUUUAGCACAAAAUAAAGUUUAUACUUGAUAUAUUUAAUACUUCUUACACUUAUUUCUUUUUAAACUGACUAAUAAGCAAGCCAAAACUGACUUUCGGGAAACUUCGACUUCUGAUGCCAAGCCAGCAGUAACCUCACUUUAUUUAUGUUGCAAAGUUUGUUGUUGUUGAACUGGCCCAUAUUGGCCGUAAAUAAAGCAAUCUUUUGAUUAUAAUGGAUAAUUCAUACGGAUCUCGAUUAUUACCUCCAUCAAAAGAGAGUGCACGUCCAGCUUGUAAGAAAUGUGGCUACUCUGGCCAUUUGACAUAUCAGUGCAGAAAUUUUAUUAAAGUUGAUCCAAACAAAGAUAUUGUUUUGGAUGUAAGUAGUACAAGCAGUGAGUCUGAAAACGAUUAUUUGACCCCUUUGACUGAACUGCGCGAGAAGGAAUUAAAAGAUAAACAGAAGAAAGCAAAGAAAAAGAAGUCUAAGAAGAAGAAAUCAAAAUUAAAGACAAAGAAGAAGAAAAGGAAACAUUCUUCAAGUGAUGAUUCAAGUGACUCAUAUGAUUCGGAAUCUGAUUCAGAUAGUGAAGAUGACAGAAGAUCUAAAAAGAAGAGUAAAAAUGAUAAGACCAAGGAGUGCAAAAGGAAAGAUAAGAAAGAUAACAAGAAAAGAAGUAAAGAGAGGAAAAGGAGGUAUUCAUCUUCAAGCAGUUCAUAUUCUGACUGAUAAAAUUAAUUUUAUAAUCUGAUUUAACUCAAUAAAUAAAACUUGAAAAUGCUA